AAACCACAUCCUCUGUCCUCAACCAGUAACCAAGGCAAGAGAGUGGAUGGUUGGCAGAGGCACUGUCCCUAGGGACGUCGGUUAUGAGUUAGCCAGACACAGGCACCAGAGCCUGGGAGACAAAAAUAAAGACGUGCCUAGGGCUUCGGGAAAAAGAGGAUGGACUCAGUGGAUUCCAAGCUCAACAAGGACCUAAAUAGGGUCCAUCAAAGGACAGAAGGCUGGACAGAAAGAACACUUCAGGAUGGAAAUGGGCUGACACUUUACUGUCGUGUUUCUCUGCAAACUCCCUUUGCUGUUCUCCUGGUUGAGUUUGGUAAGCCUAAGAUAAGACUUGGGGAAAGACCAUCCAUGAAGAUGCUGGCUACACUAAUGAGUUUCUUCUAGCUUUUUUCUACUCACUUUCCCUAUCUAACUUCAUGCUGGGAGCUGGCAUGAGGAUCCCAGUGGCCCACCUGGGGAGGACUCUAGAGGCCCCUUUCCUCUUUGCCCCCCCCAGGCACAUCCUCCCAGGGCAUGGAAGCUGAGAAGCAGACCAAAACUACAGUGGGCUAGUGAGGUGUACCUGCUGAUGAACCCUUUGGACAGCAUUCUGCCCCACCCCUCAGGAAGAAGCAGAAGGAGGGAGGGGGUAAGGCAGAGAAUAAAUAACCCUGACCAGGGAGGUCCACGGGAGUAGGCGGAGACAGAGAGGCUGUAUUUCAGUGCAGCCUGCCAGACCUCUUCGGGAGGAGGACUGGACAAAGCGGGGGUCACACAUUCCCACCAUACAGUUGAGCCUCUACCUGCCUGGUGCUGGUCCCAGUUCAGCUUCUCCAUGAUGGUGGGUCCCAAUGGUAAUGAAUCCAGUGCUACAUACUUCAUCCUAAUAGGCCUCCCUGGUUUGGAAGAAGCUCAGUUCUGGUUGGCCUUCCCAUUGUGCUCCCUCUACCUUAUUGCUGUGCUAGGUAACUUGAUGAUCAUCUACGUUGUGCGGACCGAGCACAGCCUGCACGAGCCCAUGUAUAUAUUUCUUUGCAUGCUUUCAGGCAUUGACAUCCUUAUCUCUACCUCAUCCAUGCCCAAAAUGCUGGCCAUCUUCUGGUUCAAUUCCACCACCAUCCAAUUUGAUGCUUGUCUGCUGCAGAUGUUCGCCAUCCACUCCUUAUCUGGCAUGGAAUCCACAGUGCUGCUGGCCAUGGCCUUUGACCGCUAUGUGGCCAUCUGCCACCCACUGCGCCAUGCUACAGUGCUUACGUUGCCUCGGGUCACCAAAAUUGGUGUGGCUGCUGUGGUACGGGGGGCUGCACUGAUGGCACCCCUUCCUGUCUUCAUCAAGCAGCUGCCCUUCUGCCACUCCAAUAUCCUUUCCCAUUCCUACUGCCUACACCAAGAUGUCAUGAAGCUGGCCUGUGCUGAUAUCCGGGUCAAUGUCAUCUAUGGCCUUAUUGUCAUCAUCUCUGCCAUAGGCCUGGACUCACUUCUCAUCUCCUUCUCAUAUCUGCUUAUCCUUAAGACUGUGUUGGGCUUGACACGUGAAGCCCAGGCCAAGGCAUUUGGUACUUGUGUCUCUCAUGUGUGUGCUGUGUUCAUAUUCUAUGUACCUUUCAUUGGAUUGUCUAUGGUGCACCGCUUUAGUAAGCGGCGUGACUCUCUCCUGCCUGUCAUCAUGGCCAAUAUCUAUCUGCUGGUUCCUCCUGUGCUCAACCCAAUUGUCUAUGGAGUGAAGACGAAGGAGAUCCGACAGCGCAUCCUUCGACUUUUCCACGUGUCCACACACACUUCAGACCCUUAGGUGUCAGCGAUCAAACUUCUUUUCCAUUCAGAGUCCUCUGAUUCAGAUUUUAAUAUCAACAUUUUGGACGACAGUAUUCAGAAAAAAAUUUUCCUUGAUAAAAAUACAACUCAGAUCCUUCAGAUAUGAAACUAGUUGGGGAAUCUCUAUUUUUCAAUAUUAUUUUCUUCCUUUUUUUUUCUCUCUAUACAGUUAUUAAUACCCUGGAUUGGUUGUGGUUGGAGAGUUAUUACUUUCCAUUUUUCCAUGCAGUCCAAAUCUAAACUGCUUCUACUGAUGGUCCACAGCAUUCUGAGACAAGAGUAGUGCAUCUAAAGAACAUUUGCCAAAGGCUUAAACAUGGCAAAAGGAAAAUAAACACAAGAAUAUAAUAAAAUGAGAUAAUCUAACUUAAAACUGUAACUUCCUCUUCAGAACUCUCAACCACAUUGGAUCUCAGAAAAAGACCGUCUUCAAAAUGACUUCUUCAGAGAAGAAAUAAUUUUUCUUCUGGAUGUAGCACUUAAGGGGAAGAUUGGAAGUAAAGCCUUGAAAAGAAUACAUUUAUCUACAUUAAUGAAAGUUGACACAUUCUGCUUUGAUAGUUUUCACAGCAUAUGAACACUGAUUGGACAGUAAUUUUCCUAUUUAAUUUUCUAAUCAACUUUUUAAUUUAGGCAAAGAUAUGAUCAGUACCCUUAUUGUGGCAAUGGAAAAAUUGAUGUUCAGUGAGGAUCAGUGAAUUAAAUGGAGUCAUACAGGUACAAAAAUAAAAAAAAAGACUUUUAAUGCCCAAUUUCAUAUUAUGUGGAAGAACUGUCAGUUAGACCAAUAGGAUAGUGGGUUAGAGAUUUCCAGAAUCUUACAUUUUCUAGAGGAGGUAUUUAAUUUUCUCUCAUUCAUCCAGUGUUGUAUUUAGGAAUUUCCUGACAACAAACUCAUGGCUAUUGAUUAUUGUCCUGGUCCAAUUGUCACUUUACCUGUGUCUUGGAAGCAGAAGUGAUUUCUAGGUCCACCAUUAUGGAAGGUUCUUAUACAACAAAUCUGGCAUGGGGCUUACAGCCAUUUGUUUUAAAAGUUCCAUAGGUGAUUCUGAUAGGCAGGGAGGUUAGGGAGCCACCAGUUGCAAUGGGAAGUAUGGAAUGGCAGGUGUUGAAGACAACAUUGGCCUUUUGAGUGUGACUGGUAGCUGGAAAGUGAGGGAAUCUUCAGGACUAUGCUUUGUUUGGGGCUUUGUGUAGUAUGAAACAGGUACUUUGAGAAAGUAAUCUGACUUAGGCAUGGGAAUCAGGCAUUUCUGCUUCUGAGGGGCUAUUACCAAGUGUUAAUAGGUUUCAUCUUCAACAGGAUAUGACAACAGUCUUAACCCAGAAACUCCAUAACAAAUACUAACACGUGAUCAUGUAUGUGGUGAGAUUCAUUUUCUUCUUCAAUCCUCAGGUUUCCUGAUAUGGAUUCCCAUAACAUCUUUCAUCCCCUUUUGUAAUGUAUAUAAUGUUUGGAAAUGGCUAUUUAAUACUUGUAUUUGCUGCUGGACUAUAAGCCCAUGAGGGCACUGUUUGUUAGUGAGUGUCAUCUGUGUUCAUCAUUGAUUGCUCUUUGCUUAUCACCGAAUCCCCAGCAAAGGGCCUAGAACAUAAUAGUGCUUAUGCUCGAUACUGUCUAUUUUUCACCAAACCUGAUUCCUUCCAUCCUGAACACACAGCCAGGCCAUUGUCCAGCCUUCUUUGAGUUAGGUUUCAUUAAAUUCUAGCCAUUACUUUCAAUGUGAGUGGAAGUGACAUGUACCACUUCUAUACCUGGCUCAUAAAGCCCUCCCAUGUGCAGUCUUUCACGCGGACAUUAAAUGUAACUUGGGAAGCUAUGUUUUACACAUAGCAAACCACCAGAAUCCUGGAUUCCUAAAACAACUGUGCAGGGCCAAACCUCUGUCAUUUGCAAGUCCCCCUUGUAUUUGCAUCAGGCAGUUGGAUAAGUGAAAAAUAAAGUACUAGUGUAUCAAUCUCUGAAAA